AUGGUUAACAACGUGGACCAGCUAGGGGAAUUGAUUCUUAAGGAAGGGGACAAGUACUCAGAUCUUAUCAUAAGAUUUCAAGGAGAAGCAUUUCCCGUACACAGAAACGUCAUUUGCGUACAGUCCAAAUUCUUCACUGCUAUGGUGGAUCGCGAUUGGAAAGAUGGUACCACCUGUGAGAUACUGCUCGACUUCGAUGAGGCUGAUCUCGACAUUUUUGAAACUAUGGUCCGAUUUUUCUAUCACCGCUCUCUUGGUGAUGAACAUGACUCCGUCACUCUUACUAGACUUUACAUCAUGGGGGGGAAAUGGGGCAUUCCGUUCCUGAAGAAGAGCGCUGCCUCCAAGAUUGAAAAUAUUCUAGACGCAUAUUCAAGGCAGGCCUCUUCACCUACGGAUGCAGUCUUUGAAAUGCUGAGACUCGCUUAUUCAUGUCUUCCGCAGUGGGAUAUGGAUCUCAAACUGAUCAUCUUGCAUCACGUUCUCAAGCAUGAAAGCUUGGAGCCCUUGAUGAAAGAACGUGGCUUCGAAGCUUUCCUUGUAGGAAAUGGAAGAAUAGCGAUGGACCUCUUGCAAGCCCAUUUGAAUGCUCCCAGCACGGCUCUCGAAAUUGAGCAGAGGUACAAAGAUCAAUAA